AUGAUGCUUCAUUUAGUGACACUCUUUAUCUUGGUAGUGAAUAAGUUUUCCUGCGGUUUUAUAGUACCUCAAAUGAACCAUGAACAGCCAAGUGAUAUAGCUAGUCUCGUAUGCGCUACACGUAUUGAAGAUGAAAGGUUUCCAAAUAUCAAAAAAUUUCUAAGUCAAUAUUUCCAGGCCUGGCAACCUGGAUCAAACUCCGGAGGUUACACGGGAUUUAAAAUAUAUAAACAUUUUCUGUUCCAAUUUUUGCCGCCACUGGUUGAUAACUCUAUAAAGGUCACGUUCUGUAGAGACGGUGUAUCGCAAUGGACUGUUACGCAAAACAUGCAAGAAGAUAUUGAUUGGAAUGAAUUUAUAUGUAUUUAUGAUGGGAAGAGUAAUAUAACGUCAUCCUUGAGAACAGCGGCAAUUAACGAUAUAAACAACUAUCAUUGUUUUAAACUUGCAAGAAGAAAAAAGUAUGUAAAAAGGAACUAUUCAUUCUUUCUACCUGGCAGUUUUAUUGGUGGGUUGUAUUAUUGUAACUUAAGCAAAAACCAAAAAAUUCAAAUACUUGAUUCUUCUACAAGCAACUUAGUUGUUCUUCAUUCUAACCCUGUGCCACUGUGUAAUGAAAAUAACACAAUACCAUUGCUACCAUUAGUUUCCGACGAUUUAAGAGGUUAUUGGUCUUAUUGGUACUCAAAGAAAUCCCAUAAUAAGGUAAAGGAAAUUCUUAACGCGAAUGUCCAUAAAGUUGUUCCUUACAUCCAUACGUAUAAUUUUCCUUCCUUCGAGUAUAACAAAACGGGAUCAAUACCAAUGUUUUCUGUAAGAGAGCUCUUAUUUAAUUUGAUUACAGCAAACGAAUUAGGACUAAAUGGUUUAAAAAAUGGUAUAAGAUCGUGGUUCUAUGAAGUGUCAGUUACUGAGGAUUAUAGCAAUUUUGAUACUAAGCCUAUUAUUGUGGACGUUAUUAUCAAUACAGUCAUAAAUGUUCUUGGCCAAGCAGCAAGUACCCCACACAGAGCUUUAUACAAGAUUUUUAAAGAAAAAUAG